AUGGUGCUCCGGGAGGGCGGCGGGGUGCCCUGGGCGGUGGAGCUGGGCCUGAGCCUGGUGCACGCCGCGCUCUACGGCAGCCUCUUCGCCUUCGCCUACCUGCAGCUCUGGCUGCUCCUCUGCUCGCGGGAGAAGCGGCUCAGCUACCGCUCCGUCUGCCUCUUCCUCUGCCUCGCCUGGGCGGCGCUCCGCACCGUCCUCUUCUCCUUCUACCUGCAGGGCGCCCUCCGCGGAGCCGGGACCCCCCGCCGGCGCCUGCCCGCCUUCCCGCACUGGCUCCUCUUCUGCUGCCCGGGCUGCCUCCUCUUCGCCACCCUCUGCCUGCUCAGCCUCUACUUUGCAGAGGUGAUCGUCAAAGUCAAGUGCGCAGCUGAAUUCAACAAAUACAAGACUGCCUUGUACGUGGGCUCUGUGUUCACCAGCCUCUUCUUCAUGUUUGUGAACUUAACGUGUGCGCUACUGGUCCACGAGGAUGCCCCAGAGGGUCGGCUGAGAUGGGCGGUGUUCACCCGAGCCCUCGUCAACGACACCCUCUUCAUUCUCUGUGCUGUUCUGCUGGCAUACUGCAUGUGUCGGCUGUCCAAAAUGACUUCGGCAAACGUCUACCUCGAGUCCAAGGGUACGUCUGUCUGCCAAGCGCUCCUCGUGGGUUCUGUGGUCAUCCUCUUGUGCUCGUCGAGGGCCUUCUAUAACCUGGUGACGUUGGCCGUCUCCCCAGACCGCGUGCCUAGUCCCUUCAACUAUGGCUGGGACAACCUUUCAGAUCAGGCCCGAGGGGAGGAAGUCAGCAGUGAGGAGUAUGUGGUUUUUGGGGUCGUGCUCUUCCUGUGGGAGCUCGUGCCAACCGUGUUCGUGGUCCUGUUCUUCCGGGCACAGAGGAUGACGCCGAACUUGACGCCUGCGGGCAUGAUCAACAGCCACAGCUUCAACUCCCGGGCGUACUUCUUCGACAAUCCCCGGCGAUACGACAGCGAUGAUGAUUUGCCCAGACUCGGAAGAGGAGAAGGAGGAAGCUUAGCCAUUCCCCAAAACCCCGGCUGGUACGGCUCCCUGACAGAGAACGAGAAUAACGUUGUGAUCCCUCCCGUGAGCACAUCUACUGUGGAUGCGGGGCCCCUUCUCCUUGCGCACGGAGCCGCGGAGUCGAAGAAUCAGCACAGUUUUCAUCUGACGCCCCAGAACUGAU